AUGAUUACAUACUCAGAAUAUUUUGACGAAUAUGUGAAAGAUUUAAAUAAUUAUAUUCAUAAAAUAAAAACAUCAAUUUAUAAGAUCCAAAAUAUAGAAGAUUUUAAUAAAACGCGAGAAGAUAUUUUUGAAGCUGAAAAAUGUAUAAAGCAAAUUAUAGUAGAGACGAAUAGCUUACCAAAAGGGUCGCACAAAAUUUUUGAUGACAUAUAUAAAUACAAAACAGACCUGAAGAAAUACAAAAAGUUGUUAGAAAAAAUGAGUAGUGAUUACUAUUCUGACGAAGUUGUUAACAACAGGGAAUAUGACAUUACAAGGAAGUAUAUCGAGGGUUCAAAUUUCCUGAAAGAAUCUGAGAGGAGAGCCCAAGAUGUGGAAGACAUGGGAUAUACAAUAAUGAGUGAACUCACGUCUCAGAGAAGUGCCAUCCUGAGAACGAAACUUUAUGCUGGUGAAACUCGUGAGGAACAGAAUAGAGCAAAAAGGAUGUUAUUAAGUAUAUACCAUAACAAGGUUCUAUUUAAAUGUGUAUUGAUUUUAAUAAUAAUAUUAUUGGCCAUAGCAAACAUUGGAGUUAUAAUUUACAAAAUUAAAUGA